AUGGAGCUGACCCGCUACCGUCGCUUUGGCGAGGUAGUCUUGGUCUGUGCAGGGCUUUUGGUUGCCUUGAGCUUCCAUGGAGGCUUGCGCCCCUCUCUUGGGAUCCUUCUGGGUCGGAACAGGGCCUUGGACCAACGAGGCAAUGGGACGCUGGAAUUCGGACCAAAGAGCGUCCCAAGAGCUGAGAGGCCAGCGGCCUCAAGCCACGACGAAGCCGCCGCUGUUUGGAACGGAACGGUGGCGUCGCAGUCAAAGCAGGAGCAAGCAAGGAACUUCUUGCCGCGGAAAGGCAACGAAAGCCGCAACAUGACGGAGGCUCUUUUUGCUGGAGAGAACGAGAGCAUAUCCCGUCUCAAGAAUCUGUCUUCCAAGCUCCAGAGCUUCUUGGCGCCCAUCUUGAACCCAGAGAGGGGCCGUUGGCUGGAGCUUCGUGGCCACUGGAUCUGGCAGGAUUCGACAUUGAGGAAGUGGAACAGCUCUCGCAAGCGUCUGCGCUGGGAAAGUGGGAGUGGAAUGCCACCCACGGUUUGGUACGGCAGCUCCUUUUUGCGGGAGCUGUACUUGGAGCAGGAGCGGCUGCACCACGGCAUUAGCAGCCGAGCUGAGUGUGACCUGCCGGUGGAUGCCAAACCCAGGCUUUUGAAUUCGGAAAUCGGUGCAGACCUUGCGAAGCGCUUUUACAGGGCUUGUAGAGCUCAGUGGCAUGAGAUGGACGGCAGGUCUCCGGCGCAGGAGAACGCCAGUUGCCUGCCGGCCCAGUUUGCGCCGACCCUGGGAAGCAUGAGCUCCUGUCGCUUCUCGGACCGUGCAUGGCAGAAGCAAUGUCGGAGCUGGGACGGCUUGGAAGGGAUCGACUUAGAUUUAUGCGGGCCCCCGGGCUUCCGCACGAGCCCUGACUUGAACCUUGCGAUUGGUUUCAAGACCAUGCUGCACACGCCCGAUGCGGACCAGCUGUUCCUUGCGCGCCUGAAGCAAGCUGGGAUGAGUGGCCUGAAUGACACCAUCGUGCUGGUAGAGCUGGGCACGACUUGGGGCACCAGAGGGCGCCGUCAGCCCUCAACGCGAGGGUCUCCCCACCUUCCAGAUCUGAGAGAGGACGAGGAGGUGCGAUACUUUGUCCACUGGGUCCAUACUGUUGCCUUUCCGAAUCGGCUGGUGCUAUGGAUGCCUGCAUGUGGUUGCGAGCAGCGCCUCAGGCACAGGGGUCUCACCCCUCUUAUGCGUGCAAUGUGGUACGAGGUACAGAAGGAGUACAAGGAAGCUGCUGUGAUGGUAGACAAGUGCGUCCUCUCCACUGCAGAGUUCGGAUUUCCUGCGGGCCACGGCUGCAGGGGUCCUCUUCUGAACGUCUUGGGUCAGAUCUUGCAUGCAACUUUGCAGCAGGUGCAAGAAAAGAG